AAACUUUUCAAAAUUCAUACCCAAGAAAGAUAAAAUACAAAAACUUCAACUUUUCUUUAUAAGAACUCCUUGUGGGUUUCUCAACACAAAGUUAUCGGACAAUGUCAACAAUUCUUCAACAAGCUCUUAAUGUGACUUCUAAUCUAUUUCAUUCAACUCAUCAAGACCUUUAUUCUAAUACGGAUUUUUCAAGUUUAACUUAUCCUGAACAACUUUGGGCGAAAUGGUACAUUUGGUGGGAUAAUCCUGUGAUCGCAACUGGUGUGAUGAGUUUUUUACUUCAUGAAUUCUUUUACUUUGGUCGUGCUAUACCUUGGAUUAUUGUUGGACAAAUUAGAGCAUUUGAUAAAUAUAAAUUACAACAAGCUAAAAUGCCAAGUACAGCAGAUCAAUGGCGUUGUACAAGAUACGUUUUGAUGACUCAUUUCACGGUUGAAUUACCUCAGAUUUGGGGAUUUCAUCCUUUAGCUGAUUACCUUGGAAUGGCUACUCAUUCUGUACCUUUUCCAAGUUGGACAACAAUGGCUUACCAAGUCGCGAUCUUUUUUGUUUUUGAAGAUGCUUUUCAUUAUUGGGCUCAUCGUGCAUUACAUUAUGGUCAACUUUAUAAAAAGAUUCAUAAAUUACAUCAUGAGUUUUCAGCUCCAUUCGGUCUUACAGCUGAAUAUUCACAUCCACUUGAAGUUUUAAUCUUAGGAGCUGGAACGAUUGGUGGUCCAUUACUUUGGUGUUUAGCAUCUAAAGGAAACUUACAUAUCAUGACAGUUUAUAUUUGGAUCAUCUUACGUCUCUUCCAGGCCAUUGAUGCUCAUUCAGGUUACGACUUCCCUUGGUCUUUACACCACAUUAUACCCUUUUGGGCUGGUGCUGAUCAUCAUGAUUACCAUCAUGAAAAAUUUGUGGGAUGCUAUUCUACUAGCUUUCGUUGGAUGGAUGCUAUGUUUGGUACUGAUAAAGGUUAUAAAGAAUAUCGUAAGAAACAAGAAAUCGAACGAGAAAGAGUCAAGGUGGAUAGUAAAAAGGUAGAAUGAAAGGGUUGAUUCGAAUCUUACCAGUUGAGGUUGAAGAACUUUGAUUCUUAAGGUUUUAGAACGAGUGUGGUUUUGUUGUGUCACUUUGCGCUUGCUUCGAGCGUUUUGAAUAUUUGCUUUUACAAUACUAUUUGCUUCAUUUUUUUCAUAAAGGUUUUUGAGCAUGACAUCCUUGAGCUUAUUCAAUUAGACACUUUUUAAUGUCAUGCUUCUCUCAUGGCUGAUUCUCAGCUGCUGAUUCUUCUGGACCAUAUUCAUUUUUACUCAAUACGGGCCACUCAUUUCCCUACUCUGUCAUUAUCGAC